AUGGGAGAAAUGACUCCAAAUUUGAAUGUUACUGCUACUGCCACACUAGCCGCCGUGGUUGGUUCUACGAGCAAUGCUGCGUCCUCCAGUAGUACUGCACCAGCACCGGCUCCGACAGAGAAGCCUGGAAAAUUCACCGGAAUUGAUUUCAAACGAUGCGGACUGGAGGAUGAUCUUUACAACGUCUAUAGUAAUGUGGGAACAUUAAAAGAACUAUGGGAUGCGUUGGAAAAGAAAUAUAAAACAGAAGAUGCCGGAUUAAAGAAGUUUAUCGCUGCCAAGUUUUUGGACUACAAAAUGGUAGAUGGCAAGUCUGUUGUUACUCAAGUUCAAGAGUUGCAGGUUAUCAUCCACGAUCUCCUCGCUGAAGGUUUGGUGAUUAGUGGGGCGUUUCAAGUUGCGGCAGUGAUAGAGAAGUUGCCUCCUUCAUGGAAGGACUUCAAAAAUUACUUGAAACACAAGCGAAAGGAGAUGACACUGGAAGAUCUCAUCGUCCGGUUGAGAAUCGAGGAAGAUAACAAGGCAGCGGAGAAGAAGGCAAAUGGGAGAUCAACCAUAGGGGGAGCACAUAUUGUUGAAACUGCCCCAACUAAUAUGAAAAAGAGGAAAAAGGCAUCGGGACCAAGGAACUAUCCCAACAAGAAGAAAUUCAACGGAAACUGCCACAAUUGUGGAAAAAUCGGACACAAAGCUGCAGAUUGUCGUGCUUCGAAGAAGGAAAAGAAGAAGGGUCAGGCUAAUAUGGUUGAAACAAACGAGGAGGUUGAUGACUUGUGCGCUAUGUUGUCUGAGUGA